CACACACACACACACACACAGUUGACGAGAGGAGUGAUGGAGGUCGACAUGAAGAUGUUUUUCUCCGUGUUUCUGACUCUGUGGACCUGCUCGGCCUCGUCUCCUCCUGACCAGAUCGAGUGCAUGGUGGUGAAUCUGGAGUACAUGAACUGCACAUGGAAUGGAAAUGGAACCCAGAGUGGGAACCUCAGCUUUAAGAGCAGUUAUAAGUCGCGUGACAGUUCUCAGACGGACCCUGUGGAGUGCGCCUCCUAUCUGCACGUCGGAGCGUUGCGUGUCGGCUGCCUGGUUCCCUACAGCGAGGAGAAGCUGCUGAGGUUCAGAGACUUUUACGCCUGGUUAUACAGAGACGACAUUAUCAUCGCUAAACAGGAAUACACGCCACUGUCAAAGAGGGUGAAGUUGCAUCCUCCCCAUAACGUGUCGUGGGUGUUGAGGGAUCCGGAGCUCUGGAUUUACUGGAACAUCUCCAGUAACAUAAAGUUUAUGUGUCAGGAACGUGAAGUUCGUUACAGGAUCAACGGCAACCAGUGGAACGAUCAGGGCCGGGUCAUGGAGAACGCCUUUAACGUGCCGUUUCCGAACGCCCAGAAGCGGUACGAUUUCCAGGUGCGAGUGCGCAUGUCCUCCAACUGCGCCCAGUCUGAUCUGUGGAGCGACUGGAGCGAGCUGGUCUCCUGGGGCACUACGGUUAACGAUACAGUGUUGACAACGCAGACGUCCACGGGGCUGAUGGUCCUCUACACCAUCGGCGCUGCAGUCGUCCUCAUCAUGCUCACCUGCCUGCUGAUCCACAGCGAGAGACUCAGAGUGAUCCUGGUACCUGUUGUACCAAGUCCCAAAAACCUUGGAGAUCUUAUUGACAGCUACAACGGAAACGUGGAGAAGUGGCUGCACAUCUCCAAAGAGCUGCAGGAUGGAUUUAAGCCCAACUUUAGCGAGCGCCCCUGCACCGUGCGCGAGUUCAGGACAGAGACUCACAGCGAGUCGGAGAGUGACGACUGUCUCUCGGUGCACACGGCCGUCUCGUCUGACUACCAGUCCAUGCAGAGCUACUCGUCCACCUCCACGCUGCCCUCUCCCACAGACAGCCCCAGCACCGAGACCACGCCUCUCAACGGGAUGUAAACCACACCCCCAGGAGCAAAACCCCACUGGAGGUUACAAUUUGGAUUUAAAUAGUCAAAAAAGAUCAAACAUGAUUUCCAUUUUCUAGUUUUUCUAAGGGUUUAAAAACAAGCCCGGGGCCUCCAAGUGGCGCAGUGGUAAAGUGCUCGCCCCAUCAUCCAGUGAUCGCGAGUUCAAUUCCCGGGUGAUGCUGUAACCUCUCGCAGCCGGAGGUCUUGAGAGAGCUGAUUGGCCGAGCUCUCUCAGGGGGGAGGGAUGAGAGGUACUCAGUGCUCACACAUUAAUUACGGCUCUACAGCCAAUCAGGGGCGUCUGUGAGCAGUGGUUAGGAGGAAACACGUGAUAGUCUCCGGCCCUCCUGACUUAAUGGUAGUAGAAGUCUUAAGGUGGGAGCCCCCUAAUGACGGGGAGGAAUUGGACACGACUAAAUUAGGGAGAAAAUUGAA